CACCUCGCUCGUGUCGCGUCGUGCUAAGUAAACAUGGCUAAGGAGGAUGCUAAGGCCAAGGCGGCCAAGGCCGCGAAGAUGGUCAAGAAGGGGGUGAAGGGAAAGCUUCUCAAGAAGCGCUUCUCUCCCGUCUUCCACAGGCCCAAGACCCUGAAGAAGUCCCGCGAGCCGAAGUACCCCCGGGUCUCCGUCGCUCCCAUGCAGAAGCUUGAUCAGUUCCAGAUCCUCAAGUUCCCCCUCACCACCGAAUCUGCCAUGAAGAAGAUCGAGGACAACAACACCCUCGUCUUCAUCGUCGACGCCAGGUCCACGAAGAAGCAGAUCAAGGAUGCCGUCAAGCGCAUGUACGACAUCCAGACGGAGAAGAUCAACACCCUCAUCCGCCCCGACGGCGCGAAGAAGGCGUACGUGAGGCUCACCGCCGACUACGACGCCCUCGACGUCGCCAACAAGAUCGGCAUCAUCUAAGCGGGUAACAGUGUAACGGCGUUUAUAGUCAUUCGCGUAGAGGUUGGGGUCGUCGAGCCCAGUGUCAUAUUCAUAUCUCUGGUUUCGACGUA